UCUCCCACACACCAUGGGCGUUGGCCGGAGGAGGCUGGCCCCGCUCUGGGCCCUGGCUCUCACUCUGGCCUGUGCCCAGCACACAGGCCUGGCCCAGAGCAGCACUGCAGAGCUCAGCUUCAAGCACCCAGACCUCCCUCCCGCCCCUCAGGGGCCUGGUGGCACCGCCCUCCGUGGAGUGACCAUCCACCCGCCUCUGAGGACCACCCCCGUGGUGCGAGCCCUGAACGCAGCCCACGGCGGGCGGGUGUGCAGCACGUGGGGCGACUUCCACUACAAGACCUUCGACGGCGACGUCUUCCGCUUCCCCGGGCUGUGCAACUACGUCUUCUCCGCGCACUGUGGCUCCGCCUACGAGGACUUCAGCCUGCAGCUCCGCCGCGGCCCCGGGCCCAACAGCACCGCGCCCAGCCUGGUCACCAUGAAGCUGGACGGGCUGGUCGUCAGGCUGGCCAAGGGCUCCGUCCUGGUCAACGGCCGCCCAAUUCAGCUGCCCUUCAGCCAGUCCGGGGUCCUCAUUGAGCAGAGCAACGGCAACCUGAGGGUGGUGGCCAAGCUGGGCCUGGUCUUCAUGUGGAACCAGGACGACAGCCUCCUGCUCGAGCUGGACGCCAAGUACACCAACCAGACAUGCGGGCUGUGCGGAGACUUCAAUGGUGUCCCCGUCUACAACGAGUUCUUCUCGCACAAUGUCAAGCUGACCCCCACCGAGUUUGGGAACCUGCAGAAGAUGGACGGCCCCACGGAGCAGUGUCAGGACCCUGUCCCCGAGGAUGCUGGGACCUGCUCGAACAACUCUGGCAUCUGCGAGGAGAUGUUGAGCAGCGAGCCGUUCUUGGGCUGUGCCCUCCUGGUGAAUGCCAGCAGCUACCUGGAGGCCUGCCAGCAUGACCUCUGCCACUGCAGCCAAGCCAACCUCAGCAGCUGCCUCUGCCACACCCUCGCCGAGUACUCCCGCCAGUGUGCCCACGGUGAGAAGGAGCCCCUCCCCGGCCCCCCGAAUCACACAGAUGCAUCACGGGUGUCGGACGGACCCCUGAGGCGUCCCUUGGCCCCUGGGUCUGAGGAGCCCUCUAGGGCAGGUCCGUGGUGGGCGGGGGCCAUGCCCCUCCCCACGCCCUCUCAGCGGACAGUCUGGCACCUGCCACACGGCCUGCCUGCCUCUGCAGGGAUGGUUCUGGAUGACAUCGGCCACACGGGCUGCAUUCCCGUGUCUGGGUGCUCCUGCAUGUACAAUGGGGCCACCUACGCUCCAGGGACUGGCUACUCCACAGACUGCACCAACUGCACCUGCUCCGGAGGCCAGUGGACCUGCCGGGAGGCGCCGUGUCCGGGGACCUGCUCGGUGCUGGGCGGCGCCCACAUCUCCACGUUUGACGAAAAGCAGUACACGGUGCACGGGGACUGCAGCUAUGUGCUGGCCAAGCCUUGUGACAGUGGCGCCUUCACCGUGCUGGCCGAGCUGCGCAGGUGCGGGCUGACCGACAGCGAGAGCUGCCUGAAGAGCCUGACGCUGAGCCUGGGCGGGGGGCACACGGUCUUCAUGAUCAAGGCUAGCGGGGAGGUGUUUAUGAACCAGGUCUACAUCCAGCUGCCCGUCUCAGCAGCCAACGUCACGCUCUUCAGACCUUCCACCUUCUUCAUCAUCGCUCAGACCCAGCUGGGCCUGCAGCUGGACAUCCAGCUGGUGCCCAUCAUGCAGGUGUUCGUGCGGCUGGAGCCGCAGAUCCGAGGGCAGACCUGCGGCCUGUGUGGGAACUUCAACCAGAACCAGGCCGACGACUUCCGGACCAUCAGCGGCGUGGUGGAGGGCUCAGCCGCUGCUUUCGCCAACACCUGGAAGACCCAGGCCGCCUGCCCCAACAUCAAGAACAGCUUUGAGGACCCCUGCUCCCUCAGCGUGGAGAACGAGAAAUUCGCUCAGCACUGGUGCUCCCGGCUGACAGACCCCCAGGGCCCAUUCGCCCAGUGCCACUCCACCGUGGACCCCAGCGCCUACUACUCGAACUGCAUGUUCGACACCUGUAACUGUGAGAAGAGUGAGGACUGCAUGUGCGCGGCCCUGUCCUCCUACGUCCGGGCCUGUGCCGCCCGGGGAGUGCUGCUCAGCGGCUGGCGGGACGGCGUGUGCACAAAGGCCAUGGCGACCUGCCCCAAGUCGCUCACCUACCGCUACAACAUCAGCACGUGCCCACCCACCUGCCGGGCCCGGAGUGACGAGGACGUAACCUGUGGCGGCGGCUUCGUCCCCGUGGACGGCUGCACCUGCCCCGACGGCACCUUCCUGGACAACACGGGCGCGUGCGUGCCGGCCGCCAGCUGCCCCUGCUACUUCCAGGGCUCCGUGGUCCCCAAUGGGGAGUCACGGCAUGAGCAGGGCAUUGUCUGCUCCUGCACCCAGGGUGCACUCACCUGCAUCGGAGGCCACACCCCAGAUCAAGUCUGCGUCCCGCCCAUGGUCUACUUUGACUGUCGCAACGCCACGCCUGGGGCCAGCGGGGCCGGCUGUCAGAAGAGCUGCCAGACCCUGGACAUGGACUGUUACAGCCCCAAGUGUGAGCCCGGCUGUGUGUGUCCUGACGGGCUGGUGGCCAGCGGCGACGGCGGCUGCGUCCCCGUGUCCGAUUGCCCCUGCGUGCACAACGAGGCCAGCUACCAGCCAGGCCAGACCAUCCGCAUUGGCUGCAACACCUGCACCUGUCGCAGCCGGAUGUGGCGGUGCACCGACCAGCCCUGCCUGGCCACCUGCGCGGUGUAUGGGGACGGCCACUACCUCACCUUCGACGGGCGGGACUACAGCUUCAGUGGGGACUGCGAGUACACCCUGCUCCAGGACCACUGUGGCGGGAACGGCAGCGCCCAGGACAGCUUCCGCGUCGUCACCGAGAACGUGCCCUGCGGCACCACAGGGACCACCUGCUCCAAGGCCAUCAAGAUCUUCCUGGGGAGCUAUGAGCUGAAGCUGAGCGACAGGAAACUGGAGGUGAUCGAGACGGGCCCGCGGCCACCCUACUCCAUCCGCCAGAUGGGCAUCUACCUAGUGGUAGACACGGAAGUUGGCCUUGUGCUGCUGUGGGACAAGGGUACCAGCAUCUUCCUCAGACUCAGCCCCGAGUUCAAGGGGAGGGUCUGUGGGCUGUGCGGGAACUUUGAUGACAACGCCCUCAACGACUUCACCACACGGAGCCAGUCCGUGGUGGGCGACGUGCUGGAGUUUGGCAACAGCUGGAAAUUCUCCCCAUCGUGUCCGGACGCUCUGGCCCCCGGGGACCCCUGCACCGCCAACCCGUACCGCAAGUCCUGGGCCCAGAAACAGUGCAGCAUCAUCAAUAGCGCCACCUUCAGCGCCUGCCAUGCCCACGUGGAGCCGUCCAAGUACUACAAGGCCUGCGUGAGCGACGCCUGUGCCUGCAACUCAGGGGGCGACUGCGAGUGCUUCUGCACGGCCGUGGCCGCCUACGCCCAGGCCUGCCACGAUGCGGGCGUGUGCGUGUCCUGGCGGACCCCGGACAUCUGCCCCCUGUUCUGCGACUACUACAACCCCCAGGGCCAGUGCGAAUGGCACUACCUCUCCUGCGGGGCACCCUGUCUGAAGACCUGCCGGAACCCCAGUGGCCAGUGCUGGCACGACACCCGCGGCUUGGAAGGCUGCUACCCCAAGUGCCCACCAGAGGCCCCCAUCUUCGACGAGGACCAGAUGCAAUGUGUGGCUUCAUGCCCGACCCCAUCCCCACCACCAACCUGCCAUGCUGGAGGCCAGUCCUUCUGGCCAGGCUCCAAGGUGCCCUCGGACAGGAACUGCUACUCCUGUGUCUGCACUGAGGACGGCGUGCAGUGUGCCUAUGCCGCGAACGCUUGCGUCUGCACCUAUGGUGGGAAGCAGUUCCAUCCUGGGGACGAAAUCUACCGAACGACGGACGGCUUGGGGAGCUGCAUCUUGGCCCGCUGUGGGGCCAACGGCACAAUCGAGAGACUGGUCUACCCCUGCAGCCCCACCACGCCCACCCCCCAGACCAUCUUCUCCUUCUCGACAUCCCUACCGGCUCCAACGUCCUCAGAGCGGCCCUCAACUGAGCCCACCACGGUCACCACGGUCACUUGUUUACAAGUUUUAUGCAACUGGACUGAGUGGAUGGACGGCAGCUACCCUGGCCCAGGGAGAAACAGUGGAGAUUUUGACACUAUCCCGAAUCUCAGAGCCGAAGGUUAUAAAUUCUGUGCAGAGCCCAAGAAUGUGCAGUGCCGGGCAGAGCGCUUCCCUGGCACCCCACUGCAGGAGCUGGGCCAGGACGUGAUCUGUAACAAAUCCGUGGGCCUGAUUUGCCGGAACGAGGACCAGCUGCCCCCCAUCUGCUACAACUACAACGUCCGCUUCCUGUGCUGUGAGCUGGUGGACACUUGCAGGACACACACCAUUUCACCUGCUACACCUGCCACCAUACAGACAGCCCCAACUGAAGCCAGUACUACCUGGACCACGGGAACCCUCUCCACUUCCAACAAACUCAGCACUGCUAGCUCACCUUAUGUGACCACAGCAAGACCGGUCACAACCAGCACACAUGAGCAAUCCUCUCCAGGGACCACACCAUGCAAGCCAAAGUGCAGGUGGACCAAGUGGUUCGAUGUGGACUUCCCCAUGCCCGGGCCCCACGGGGGAGACAAUGAAACCUUCGGCAACAUCCUGAGGAAUGGAGACCUCAUCUGCCACCGACCCGAAUCCAUCAGCAAAGUGGAGUGCCGAGCCGAGAGCCACCACGGGGUCAGCAUCCACGAGCUGGGCCAGGUGGUGCAGUGUCGCCAGGACGUGGGCCUGCUGUGUCGGAACCAGGACCAGAAGGGUGAGACCAGGACGUGCCUCAACUACCAGAUCAGAGUGCUCUGCUGCGAGCCCCAGGAACACUGCCCUCCACCCACUGUCACAGGAGCCAGCACGACCAGACACAACCUCGGCUCCUACAACCAGUGCAACCUCUGUGCAGACAAGCACCACAACCUCGGCUCCUACAACCAGUGCAACCUCUGUGCAGACAAGCACCACAACCUCGGCUCCUACAACCAGUGCAACCUCUGUUCAGCCAAAGAGCACAACCUCAGCUCCUACAACCAGUGCAACCUCUGUGCAGAGAAGCAGCACAACCUCAGCUCCUACAACCAGUGCAACCUCUGUGCACACAAGCACCACAACCUCGGCUCCUACAACCAGUGCAACCUCUGUGCAGACAAGCAGCACAACCUCGGUUCCUACAACCAGUGCAACCUCUGUGCAGACAAGCAGCACAACCUCGGCUCCUACAACCAGUGCAACCUCUGUGCACACAAGCAGCACAACCUCAGCUCCUACAACCAGUGCAACCUCUGUGCACACAAGCACCACAACCUCGGCUCCUACAACCAGUGCAACCUCUGUGCAGACAAGCAGCACAACCUCGGCUCCUACAACCAGUGCAACCUCUGUGCAGACAAGCAGCACAACCUCGGCUCCUACAACCAGUGCAACCUCUGUGCACACAAGUAGCACAACCUCAGCUCGUACAACCAGUGCAACCUCUGUGCAGACAAGCAGCACAACCUCGGCUCCUACAACCAGUGCAACCUCUGUGCAGACAAGCACCACAACCUCGGCUCCUACAACCAGUGCCACAUCCAGUGCAACCUCUGUGCACACAAGCACCACAACCUCGGCUCCUACAACCAGUGCAACCUCUGUGCACACAAGCACCACAACCUCGGCUCCUACAACCAGUGCAACCUCUGUGCACACAAGCACCACAACCUCGGCUCCUACAGCCAGUGCAACCUCUGUGCACACAAGCACCACAACCUCGGCUCCUACAGCCAGUGCAACCUCUGUGCAGACAAGCAGCACAACCUCGGCUCCUACAACCAGUGCAACCUCUGUGCAGACAAGCAGCACAACCUCGGUUCCUACAACCAGUGCAACCUCUGUGCAGACAAGCAGCACAACCUCGGCUCCUACAACCAGUGCAACCUCUGUGCACACAAGUAGCACAACCUCAGCUCCUACAACCAGUGCAAUCUCUGUGCACACAAGCAGCACAACCUCGGCUCCUACAACCAGUGCAACCUCUGUGCAGAGAAGCACCACAACCUCGGCUCCUACAACCAGUGGAACCUCUGUUCCUACAAGCACCACAACCUCGGCUCCUACAACCAGUGCAACCUCUGUGCAGACAAGCAGCACAACCUCGGCUCCUACAACCAGUGCAACCUCUGUGCAGACAAGCAGCACAACCUCGGCUCCUACAACCAGUGCAACCUCUGUGCAGACAAGCAGCACAACCUCGGCUCCUACAACCAGUGCAACCUCUGUGCACACAAGCACCACAACCUCGACUCCUACAACCAGUGCAACCUCUGUGCAGACAAGCAGCACAACCUCGGUUCCUACAACCAUGCAACCUCUGUGCAGACAAGCAGCACGACCUCAGCUCCUACAACCAGUGCAACCUCUGUUCCUACAUCUGAGACUACCCCGUCCCCACUGGGGACCACACCAUGCAAGCCAAAGUGCAGUGCCUGCCUCUUCCUUUGUCCUGCAGGAUCCAUCAUCUAUGAAGUGACCGACCUAUCGGGCCACUGCUAUUAUGCCUUUUGCAGCCUGGACUGCCACGUGGUCAAGCAGAUGGCCCCCUCCUGUCCCACCAGCAUGCCACCUCCCACCCCGACCACCUCCCCACCAGAGUCCUCCCCUUCUACCUCUGUGUCGGUCCCUCCACAAGGGUGCCCAAAUGCAGUCCCCCCAAGAACGAAAGGUGAAACCUGGCCCAUGCCCAACUGCUCUGAGGCCACCUGCCAGGGCAACGGGGUCAUCACGGUGAGCCCGCGCCACUGUCCGAAGGUGCAGAAGCCCACCUGUGCCAACGGCUACCCCGCGGUGCAGGUGGCUGACCAUGACAGCUGCUGCUCACACUACCAGUGCCCGUGCGUGUGCAGCGGCUGGGGGGACCCACACUACAUCACGUUCGACGGCACCUACUACACGUUCCUGGACAACUGCACGUACGUGCUAGUGCAGCAGAUCGUGCCGGUGUACGGCCACUUCCGCGUGUUGGUCGAGAACUAUUUCUGCGAUGCGAAGGACGGGCUGUCCUGCCCACAGUCCAUCAUCGUUGAGUACCAGGAGAACCGCGUCGUGCUGACCCACAAGGCCGUCCGCGGGGUGAUGACCAACGAGAUCAUUUUUAAUGGCGAGGUGGUCAGGCCCGGCUUCCAGAAAGACGGCAUUGCCGUCUCCCAAGUUGGCAUCAAGAUGUACGUGAGCAUUCCUGAGCUCGGCGUCCAGGUCAUGUUCAGUGGCCUCAUCUUCUCCGUGGAAGUGCCCUUCAGCAAGUUUGCCAACAACACGGAAGGGCAGUGUGGCACCUGCACCAAUGACCAGAAGGACGAUUGCCGCCUGCCUGGGGGCGCGGUGGUGGCCUCCUGCUCCGACAUGUCCGGCCACUGGAAGGUGACAUACCCUGGCCAGCCGCCCUGCAACGGGCAUCCCCCGACGCCUACCCCAGUGGAGCCCAGGACCUCGCCCACCCCGUGCCCACCUUCACCAAUCUGCCAGCUCAUUCUGAGCAAGCCCUUCGAGCUAUGCCACGCGCUAAUCCCGCCCUGGCCGUACUACCAAGGCUGCGCCUUCGACCAGUGCCACAUGCCCGGCGUGGACGUGGUGUGCUCUGCCCUGGAGCUCUACGCUGCCCGCUGCGCCUCCCUUGGUGUCUGCGUUGACUGGCGGGCCCAGACCAACUACACGUGCCCCUUCACCUGCCUUGCUGGCAUGGAGUACCAGCCCUGCGGCCCGCCCACCCCCUCCUACUGUUGCAUGGACAGCAGCACCAGCGCCCCGGCGCUCCUGGGAGCCAGUCCCAUCACAGAAGGCUGCUUCUGCCCGCAGGGCACGGUGUUCUACAGCUCGAGCAGGGAGGUCUGCGUGCCCGCCGACUGCAACACUUGCCUGGGGCCCGGUGGGGAGCCUGUGGAGCCCGGCCACACGGUCAGCGUGGACUGCCAGGAGUGCACCUGUGAGGGCAGCACGCGGACCAUGAGCUGCCGGCCCCAGGCCUGCCCCCCGGCCCCCACCUGCCCCGAGUCCGGCCACGUGCCUGUGCCCGAGGCCCUGCAGACCGGCCAGUGCUGUCCCCAGUACCACUGCGCCUGUAACACCAGCCACUGCCCUGAGCCCGAGGCCUGCCCGAAAGGCUCACACGCCAUCCAGACCUACAGGGAGGCGGCCUGCUGCCCGACCUACAGCUGCAGCUGGAGCGUCUGCAGCAUCAACGGCACCCUGUACCAGCCUGGCGCCAUGGUCUCCUCGAGCCUGUGUGAAAAAUGUUGGUGUGAGCUGCCUGGGGGAGCCCCAUCAGACACCUUUUCGAUCAACUGUGAGACCCAGAUCUGCAGUACCUCCUGCCCCCUGGGCUUCAAGUACCAGGCUCAGGCCGGGCAGUGCUGUGGUGAGUGCGUGCAGGUGGCCUGCAUCAUGAACACCAGUGAAAGCUCUGCCCACCUCUUCUACCCGGGCGAGUCCUGGUCAGACCCUGGAGACCACUGCGUGACGCAUGAGUGUGAGAAGCACUGGGAUGGGCUCGAGGUGGUGACCACGAAGAAGGCGUGUCCCCUGCUCAACUGUCCUGCGGACAAGGCUCUGCCCAGCGAGGACGGCUGUUGUCUCUCCUGCCCCCCACCCUACGAGAACCAGUUGACCUGCGCGAUGCACUACCAGCUCCAGGUCCUCCGGCAGCAGGGCUGCAGUUCCUCCGGGCCCGUGCGCCUCGCCUACUGCCAGGGCAACUGCGGGGACACCACCUCCGUGUUCUCCCCGGAGGCGAACGCGGUCGAGCACCGGUGCAGCUGCUGCCGCGAGCUGCGCGUCUCUCUGAGGAACGUGACCCUGCGCUGCGAGGACGGCUCGAGCCGCACCCUCACCUACACGGAGGUGGAGGAGUGCGGCUGCAAGAACCUGCAGUGCGACUCCACCGGGGGCCUUGCCCUCUCGGCGGUGGCGCUGGAGCCAAGCCCGGAGAGCGGGCUCAGGCGCCGCGGGAGAAGGGCCCCGCGGGCCCGGCCCCUGCAGUAGAGGCCACAGCCCCGGCUUGGGCCUGGCGGCCGCGCUCCUCAACAAACCCGCAGGAACGCUUCUAUUUGCUGCCAACGGCCUCCAAGGCCGGUGGAACCUGAGCCCCGGGCCAGGGAAGCACCCCCCCACCCCUUUCGUCCCUCCCAGGGUCCAGCUGCCCCCGUGUGCAGUGGCCCCAGGGGCCUGCUCAGGACCAGCCCCGCGGGCAGGGGGUGGGGAGGCUCCUCUGGCCAUGGGUCCAGCCUCUUGGCCCCAGGCCUCAGCAUCACAGCGGUCCCUCGAUGUGGCGACUGGGGCUGCUCGGCUGGCCACUGGGAGGCAAGCCUCACCCCCCUUUCCCGCCCCUGGGCCUCAGGAAAGGGCCAGAGGAUUUGUGAAUACACUUGGAGCAUUUUGCGA